AUGGUUUCUCUUACAACGCCAUUUCAUUUCCCCCCUUUUGCUUUAACCGAAAUUUUCGUUUCCCCCCUUCCUUUCUAUAUCUCUCUUCUUCUUCGUCAUCUCCAAUUAGCAGAUCUAUUCUUCUCUCAAAUCAGCAGAGCACCUCCAAUUAGAGAAAAUCAGCAGAGCACCUCCAAUUGGGAUUGGGAAGACUUCGUUGAUGAAUCUAUUUACUGUUGCUUUCGUUAUCCUCCUCUCUCUUUGAAAAAGGCGGGUCUUGACAUGCUUGAAACCACAUUGGUGGCCCUCCAGGAUAUAAUGCUUCAUAAAAUUCUGGAUGAUGCUGGUCAGAAAGUUCUCCUUUCAGAAUUUUCGAAGAUCAUGCAACUGAGAAGAGGUCAAGACUCCAAAAGUAUGGGUUCAAAUAUGUCUGCAAUGGAUGGUUGAACUGGCGAAAGAGAGUACAACAAUGCGGAUAAUACUGGAUCCAAUGUUUGUCUAUUUUGACAUGGGUCAGCAUUGGGUUGGUAGACAUGGAUUGGCCAUGAUGGUUCUGUCUGAUAUGUCAUACUAUAUGGAGUAUCCAGGGCUAAUUGUCGAUGAUGGCUGGGAUGCGGCAACUGCUCCUCUAGUACCUGGAGUAGUUGGACUUGAUGUUCUAGCACUUACUGGUUUAGAGUAACUGAAGCUUAUCAUAGAUGAGGACAAGAAAGAAUUGGCUUUGGUGGAUA